AUGAGCCUGACUAAGGCUUCGCUCGAUGAUAUACAUAGAGCGCAUAGCGAUGAUGCUAGUCUACCUACUCAAAACUUUUAUUCAUUGCUAACAACUUUUUCAAUCUUGAUACAGACUCGAAAAAGUAACAGAGCCCGUGCUGCCGACGGAUUACUGGCGAAGGCAACAGCUCUUGGCUACUUCUCACAAGUCGUCAAUCUCCUACGAGAGCGCUACACUACGUCGCUAACCGACUCCAAGAGGAUCGCAAAAAUCAGGGACAAGAUGGCAAUGGAAUUUCUCGUGACUCAUGCCGAUGUGACAACUGGUUUAAAGUCUGUGCAUGAUGCUGCGCUUUUGACAAUGAUGUGGCAUACAUUUGGGCGGGCUAUCGAUACAUGCUUCGCACGCAAGCAGCAACUUUCAAUUGCCGCCUCUGGAGAGCUUUUCCUGCAUAUCGCCCGGAUUAAGACCUCGGUUGUACAGGGCGUGUCAAUUUAUAAGUCACCAGAGCGCUGGCAGCAGUGCAUGCUUCACGCGUUUGGCCUGUUAUUCAUAUGCUACGAUGAGCCCUCUGAGCAUCUCUUCCCCUUGGUCCCACGCUUUGCUGAGUCGGACCUUCCUGGAGGCCAGCCUUAUUCUCAGGAAGAAGCCAUCAUGUACUGGGAAAGGCUGCAGAAAGAGGACGAAGGAGGCGCCGAACCCCCGCAGAAACGAGAGAGAAAGCGGCCAAACGUAGCAAGUUACAUUACCGAGAUCAUUAGGGAUACCUUGAAGGCGAUGCCGCCUUCGGCGAGCCAACGAGCCACCCCUGACCUGACCUCGCACUCCUUCCGGCGUGGCGGGGCCCAGCAUGCGAACGGAGAUGACCGCCUCGCCGCCCAGUGGAUCUUUGAUCGCGGUGCUUGGGAUAUGACCGCACGCGAGGAUAGGAAGGUGGCCCGGGUCUUAAGUGGGUGA